ACCCUAAUGACUGCAUAUAUAUACGUGUGUGUGUGUGUGUGUUUAAAAUGAGUUAUAACAAUGGUUGUGUUAAUAGAAAAUAGCCAUGGUCCUGGAAGUGAAACCGAAUAUUAAUUAUUAAACACACAAUCAGAAUGAUUAAACAAGUAAUCUAUAAAUGUCUCUCUCUAUAUUUUUUCUAUAAUAAAUGACUGUGCUGUCACUUGCUGAGCACACCGCUACAGUUUAGUACUUAUAAAAAUGUGAAUAAAACAAUAGCAAAACCGGGACGAGUUAACAAUUUUACUGUUUCUGACCGGAACGAAAAAUGAAGUGUGAGAACAAUCCCAGUUUUCCCGGGACGUGGAGGAAAGAGGAAGAACACUUUCAGUUUCGAUAUGAAUCACAAGUCGUUCAGCGAGCCAGUCACACAGGAGCACAGUAAGCGCUUUCCAAACCCGCCCGUGUUGUGUCCCGAUGUGAGGAGCGCUGAGACAGGCUCGCUUUUCUAAAGGGAAAUGAAGAUGAGAUUCCUGGGGAGGACCUGUCUCAUUGUCUUGAGUUUGCUACCAGCUGUUUCUACACAGAGAGGGAAAUGAAGAUGAGAUUCCUGGGGAGGACCUGUCUCAUUGUCUUGAGUUUGCUACCAGCUGUUUCUACACAGAGAGAUGGCAGCUCUGUUGUUGGCUCUGAUCAGCCCCUCAUCACCUCUCCUGGUGAAGAUGUCGUCCUGCCCUGUCACAUCACCCCCAGUCUCGGUGCUGUGGACAUGGAAGUCAGGUGGUACAGAGAGAACUUCAAGAUCCCAGUUCAUUUAUAUGAAGAUCGAAGGGAUCGCACAGAUGUUCAGGACAGUGACUAUCGGGGCCGCACUGCUCUCUCUAGAUUGGGGCUGGAGGAUGGCAUUCUCUCUCUGAACCUGAGAAACCUCCGUCCCUCUGAUAGCGGGGUCUAUUCCUGCUUUGCCACUGAUGGAGUCUGGUAUGGGCAAGGAAAGACUGAACUGAUAGUCAGAGCUCUGGGGACCCAGCCCUCAAUCUCUAUGGACUCUACACAAGGAGAGCAGACCCAGCUGGUGUGCAGAUCAGAGGAGUGGAGUCCUGAACCUGAAGUGAUCUGGAGAGACAGGAUGGAAACGAUGUGACAUCACUGUCCAACACAACCGUGCAGAGUGACAGUCAGGGGUUCCUCAGUGUCAGCAGCUACAUCAAAAUCAAACAGCAGUCCAACGUGUUCUCCUGUCUGGUUAGAAGUAAAACACCCAAACCAGACUGGGAAUCCAACUCCACAUAUCCAGUGAUUUUUUCCCAGGAGUCUCUGGAUGGAUUGUGGCUUUCCUCUUGACUUUAGCUCUCAGUAUUGGAGCCAUUCCUC